GAAACGCCCGCAAGAUAGAGUACACAUUAUAUUGUUUGUAUGCAUAUGAUCAUCCACAGCAAUCACUUUAACGGAGAUAUCUGGGUUGUUGGUUUGUGUGGCUUGGUGAGCGUAUUCACGAGCAAACGGUUGAACUAUACAGUACGCCCCCCGAUCGACUUACUUAUUCCUGGCAUGUCCUGUAUGGCAAUAGAAAUUAACAUGAUCUGCAACAUUCACCUUCCAGAGACAACUUUCGCCGGGAACAAUGCCCAGUCACAUCAUGGUUAGAAAUUUAAGAAUGAGAAUUACAUGGGGCUAUACAUCAUAGAUGUGCUCAAACACGAUUCGAAUUCUCUUUCCUCUCUCUUCGACACUCAAUUCGUCUGGCAAGCCAUGCAAGAUUACAAGACCUACGUCCAAAUUCUCAUUUAUUUAGGGUUACUUAUCCCCGGUUAUGCCAUCGCCCUCUUUUCGCCAACCAUCAUCAACGAGCUUGGCUACUCUGCUGCGAAUGCCCAGCUUCUCUCAGUCCCACCAUUUGUUGCCGGCGCUAUCGCAACAAUCAUAGUCGGAAUCCAUUCUGACAAGCACAAUCUUCGUGGCCCGUACAUCAUCGGCGGUGCGGUCGUGUCUCUUGUGGGAUACAUCUUACUAUAUUGCUCCGUACAAGCUGGUCCAUCAUACGUCGGAGUUUGUCUAGCUGCUGCAGGAAAUUAUCCGACCGUCGCAGUCAUUCUUGCUUGGGCAGGCUCAAAUGCGGGAGGCGACUUAAAGCGUGGAGUCGUACUAGCAAUGGUCAUUGGUAUUAGUAACCUAGGAGGUGUCUGCUCGUCCUUCAUCUAUAUCGAUCCGCCACGUUUCCACAUCGGACAUGGCACCAACAUGGGAUUUCUUUCUCUUUCAAUCAUCAUUUGUAUCUUCGCUAUGGGGAACUACGACCGGCUGAACAGAAAGAAAGAAGCGCAGUGUCUGGCGGAAAACAUUGGCGAUGAUAGAAGAUACGAAUUCAAAGACAUGGGCGAUGCCAGCCCGCUUUUCAGGUAUACCAUAUGAAACAUACAGCUAAAUCAAGUUGUCCUUAGCGUUUUUUGAUAUCACCUCAGGAAUAAGGCGCACCUACAUCUCAU